CAGAAAGAAAAGAAAUUCGAGUUACAAUCAUGGGCCAAAAGCGACAACGCGACUCCAAAGGGCCUAAUGCCCAAGCAAACAAGAAGAAGAAGGCCGGCAAUACGACGAACAAGAAUGAUUCCUGGGACGGCUACGUCGGCCUCGAGGACUUGAACUGGAAGGGCGUCCCUCUCCCGGAUCGCAUUGAGGAUGCUGGUGGAUUUUUUGGUCUGGAAGAGAUUGAUGGUAUUGAUAUUGUGCGACCGGAUGGCAAUGGAGAAGUUCGAUUUAAGGCCAAACCUGGUACGAAAAAAGAAUCGAUAUUGAAAAAGAAAGCGCCAGAGGAAACCAAUUUCGACGACUGGGAUGGAUUUAGCGAUGGCGAGGCCGAGACACCGAAUGACAAUUCGACUCCUGCGGACGAGGAGGAAAGCCCCGAAGAGAAGGAAAGCAAGGACCAGGGAUCAAAGAAAGAGCUGAAGAAGGAAAAUAGGAAUGAUAAAAGGGAUGGGAAGAAGGACAAGAAGGAACAGAAAGAGAAACCCGCAAAAAAGGAUCAAAAGGAAAAGAACGCGAAGAACCAACAGAACAACGACAUUAAGCCAGGGCUCUCCUUCGCAGCUUUAGAAGAGGAAAAGGAGGAUGAUGGUGUGGAUGUCUCGGCCUGGGAAUCUCUCGGCCUGGCGCCAGAAAUUCUCACUGGACUCUCGAAAAUGAAGUUUGGGAACCCAACAUCGGUCCAAGAAAACUGUAUACCUCAAAUCCUAGACGGUCAUGAUGUUGUCGGAAAGGCGUCUACGGGAUCUGGAAAGACAUUGGCAUUUGGAAUUCCGAUACUUGAACAUUACCUGGAGCGGAUGCGGAAGAACUUGAAAAAGAAGUCUGGUGAGAAGUCUGAGAAGACAACUCAUCCGAUUGCACUCAUUAUGUCUCCUACCAGAGAAUUAGCGCAUCAGCUGUCGAAACAUAUCAGUCAACUGGCCUCGCUCACACCUGGUGCUGAACCCAGAAUAGCUCUUUUAACUGGUGGUCUGUCGAUGCAGAAGCAGCAACGUUUACUGUCCGGUGCUGAUAUCGUCAUCGGUACGCCUGGUAGAGUGUGGGAGAUUCUCAGCACGGGACAAGGCUUGAUUCAGAAAAUGCAGAAGAUAAAGUUCCUGGUUGUUGAUGAAGCCGAUAGACUGCUCAGUCAAGGUCACUUCAAGGAGUUGGGAGAAGUCCUGGACGCUUUGGAGCGCGUGGAGACAUGGGACGUGCCGGAAGUCGAAGACAAAGAGUCUGAUGAGGGAAAGACCAAUCCGAUGGCAGAGAGACAAACUCUGGUUUUCUCCGCUACAUUCCACAAAGAUCUACAGCAGAAGCUAUCAGGAAAAGGACAGUGGAGAGGAGACGAUCUGAUGGACAAGAAAGAGUCGAUGGAAUACCUCCUGAAGAAGCUUCAAUUCCGCGAAGAGAAACCCAAAUUCAUUGACGUGAACCCUGUCUCGCAGAUGGCCGAGAAUCUCAAGGAGGGUAUUGUCGAAUGUGGACCGAUGGAGAAGGAUCUCUACCUUUACACACUCCUCCUAUACCAUCCCAAGCACCGUACCUUGGUCUUCACAAACUCCAUCUCUGCCGUCCGCCGACUCACUCAAUUCCUCCAAGCCCUCCAACUUCCAGCCCUCGCCCUCCACUCCUCCAUGGCGCAAAAGGCCCGUCUCCGCUCUGUUGAGCGAUUCUCCUCUCCUUCUGCCGACCCCAGCUCGAUUCUAGUAGCAACCGACGUCGCCUCCCGUGGUCUCGAUAUCAAGGGUAUCGACUUCGUCGUCCACUACCAUGCCCCUCGCACAGCAGACGCCUACGUCCACCGAUCCGGUCGUACAGCCCGUGCCGGCGCAGCUGGUAAGAGUGUUAUCAUUUGCGGUCCGGAAGAAAUGGUUGGUGUUGUCCGUCUCGCAGCAAAGGUACAUACGAAUAUGGCCCAGAAGAACGGCCAGCCACCCAAACGUCUCCCACUUGAAUCACUCGAGCUCGACCGCCGAAUUGUCAACCGCGUGAAACCACGCAUCAGCAUCGCUGCUCGUAUCAUUGAUUCUCAAAUCGCCAAGGAGAAGGUGUCUUCGGAAGAUAAUUGGCUACGCAACGCGGCAGAAGACCUUGGCGUCGAAUAUGACAGCGAGGAAUUCGAUAAGGGUGCAGGUCGUGGCCGUGGCCGUGGCCGCGGUCGUCACCAGCGCGAGAAAGAGGUGGGAAAUAUUACCAAGGCUGAGAUGGCGGGACUGCGAGCGGAAUUGAAGAGUUUGCUCUCGCAGAGGGUGAAUGUGGGUGUUAGUGAAAAGUAUUUGACAUCUGGACGGGUUGAUAUCGAUGCUUUGCUACGGGGAGAAGGGAAUGCUGCGUUCUUGGGACAGGUGGAUCCAUUGGGAUUCUGAUUGUAUAUACAAGUGUUUAUACAAAGUACAUGUACACUAUUCAGAUAACUGCACUAACACUUUCCGUAACGC